AUUUUUGGUUUAGAAUUCAGGUUCCCAUUUUCAGUUUGGGAUCCCAAAUCACCCAUAUUCGUCUUUCUCUGUCCUCUCUCUCUGCCUACUAAUUUGUACCAGCUAAAUUAGCAGCUAAUUACCAAAAGAGACAGCAAACAAAAAUCCGAUGGAGGGACAGCAAUCAUGGCUGCCGAGGCUUUCGUUCAGGAUCGCCACCAUAAUGAUGUGCUUGCUCAACCUCAUCACGGCGCUGCUACUGCUUCAGGGCUUUCUUUCCUCCGCUUCUUCUUACUCCAAACUCUCCGCCUCUCACCUCAAUUCAGCUGCACUUAGGUAUGUAAGAGAAUCUGAAGAAAUUCGUUUUGCUAUGCGACCCUUGGAACUGAUAAAAAGAGUGAAGGAAAUCCAACAAGAAGCAUAUGAAAAACCAGAAACAGCUAAGGAGAAAGACACAAGGCAGACUGUUGCAGUUGACCUUUCCAAGAGAUUGAAGGAUCUGCAUUAUGUUAAUGAUGCAACCAGCUUCAAAGCCCUGGAAGAGUGGCGUAAACGAAAGAUGGAACGAGCAAGACUGCGUCAACUAGAGAAAAAUGGAACGCUCGCAACUCAGGCCUGAGCCGUAUACUUGACAAAGUAUUGUUCACUUUAUACUGAAAUUGGGAUACCAAGUCAUCCCGAAAUGUGUAUAUCACAACUCUGUUUGUAUAACAAACAAGGUGUUGAAUAUAUGAUGAUACAAAAGUUGUACCAA